CAGGACACAGAGUUUCCUCCCUCUGUCUGAGAGAAGCUGCUGCUGCUGCUGUCUCGACUCAUGAAACAGUGAGUGACUCGAAUCAUUCAUACUUCCUUAUGAUUCCAGUCACUGUGUUGAGACAGAGAGUCAGUAGCCAUCUCUAGCUAACAGUCCAGACGUUUUACACAAGAGGAAUAGGAGACAAAUUUACAAGAGCGGUAUAAGCUGCAAAAUAUUACAAGCCAGAUGGUUUGGCGUACAUGUGAAGCUUGGGCAUUGGCAGACUCUUCGGAUGUUAAGAGGCUCUUCACCAAACAUCUAGCACAUACCAACUUGACAGUAGAUCGACAUCAUAGGGAAAAGACAUGACAGAAUAUGUCUUGGCUCAAGACUGGUCACCCAGCUUGGAUAUGUGUAAAUCGGUUGAGACACAAAGCAGUUCAAGGGAAGGACUACAAGACGGAAACUCUAUAGAGACUCUAGAAAAAUGACUUGCAGAACCUGCUAAGAGGUCCCUGUAAAUGUAAAACAGAACAACACAAGUUGACUGCAAAUGCAGAUCACCAUACUAUUGGCAUCAAGUAGAAUACAAUGGAUAGAUCAUCGGAACAAGAAGAGGACCGAAAAGAGUGGACUGUCCUCAAUGCGUCCCUGACCACACCGCUGAGGCAGGAGGACCAGGGCUCCACGGCGAUGUUGGUGGCCCACCCGACCCAACACGGACCAAGGAGUCUAACUUGUGAGUCGGAUGGCUCGCAGUGAAACCCCGUCAAAAUGACGUCCACUUUUUGACCUGACUUCCAGGAUCUUUAGUUUCUUCUAUGGAGUAGAAGACACUGGGUCUUCACUAGGACACCUGGAGCACUUUGGCGCUAUUUGCAGUUUUACUGUACCAGCUGUGUACUUACAUGUGCAUGGCUUAAUAUUUGAGACAAGUGUAUGCUACUGGUAGGAUUAACCAGGAAGAUUUUGGUGUCGGCGAUAUUGUUAGUUGCGGUGAAUGUGAGAGACGGUACAGCCAAUUGUCAAAAUCAUGCUCUGUCCCAUGCUCAGUCUACCCCAUCUGGCACCCCUGUCUGUUUGCCCCUCACCUUUAGAAUGUAAGCUCUCAUGAGCAGGGCCCUAUUCCCUCAUGUGCUUAUCCUUUUCUUACUCUAAUAAUCCUCAACUGCUCAACUCCUGCAGUUUUUAGCCACCUUGAUAGUUAUCUCUGUGUCAUCUGCCGAUAUAGCUAUGUUUAUUUACACUGUACUUGUCCUAUCUGUCUUCAACUGUAAGUCACUGAUUUCCAGUUUUGAGUAUGUGCAUAUGUACUCUGUCAUUGGGUGCUGUGGAACCCUUGUGGCACCAUAUAAAUAAAGGAGAAUAGGGGUAAAUAGGUUUUUAAACACACUAAAUGAUCAGAGGAUCUAAAAUAGAAAAGCCAAUGGCAAGGUAAAACAAACCCUAAAAUGUAUUAAAUACAUAAACAGCAAAAGAGUGAAGGAGUAUAGGCACUUUAAAAGACAAGUUGGGCAUCCUAAUCAAAGACAGGAAUGACAUAGCAGAAAAAUAAAACCGAUCGGCAGCUUAAAGAUAAACUGAUAGUAUUUUAUCUGGAAGCUGUGCUCAUUUCAUGCAGACUGACAGUCUGCUACCACUUUGGGCAGAAAAUUGGCUCCUGAAAUGAAGGCAUGCUGCCACCUUUUUGGGGGAGCUAUGAAGCCAGGAUUUGUUGGAUCUGUGGAGGCUGGCUUGCACAAGUCCAUGGGUUAUGCAGCCAGCCAAUGGUGAUGCUGGUGAUCUGAUGCUGUGUCAUAGGAUGCAGCAUGGAUUACUAGAGUAAGCAGGAGGCAGCGCCAUAUUGGUGCUAUUGCAAGCAGCAGCGACGGCAACUCCAUUCUUAUCUGAAUCGGGCCCUCUGUUUCCUUCUCACUCCAGGUGAACUCCAAGUUUUGACCUCUCAUUAUUAGAGUGGCUCAGAACAGUUAUUUCAGCAUGCUAUGUAUACUUAUAUCCUUGGAUUUUGUACAGGACAUGGAAAAAACAAUGGAUUACUUUAAGAAACUUAAAGAAAUGGGACAGGCACACCAGACAGUGGCUAAUUAUAAGUCUCAACAAGUUUUAUAUGGCAGAGCAGCACCGAGACAAGUGGCAAAACCAGAUGUCAUGAAUUGCGUCCACACAUGGAAUAAAGUAAAGACCAAGAGAGCUGUCCAGAAAGGUGGAGUUAUUUGACUGCCAUGGAGAAUAUAAGUGCCAAAAAGGCAUAAAGCCAAUUCUGAUAAGUCCCAGUAGGAUGCCUUUGAUUUAGUCUUUCAAAAGAUCAACUACCUCUUCCAUUGAACCAUCCGUAAAAAAGAUGUCUCAUAGGAGAUAAUUUUGAAUAAGUAAGACUCAAGUCUCCCCUUCAUCCCCAGCACUCUGUAUCCUGUGUCAUCCUCUUUACUAGUUUCUACUUUAGGAAUUUAUCCUUUUAAUAUUUAAUUAAGAAUUGUGACUGAAAAGAUUUUUUUUUUCCUUUCAGUUAUGUCUAUUUCCAGAAAAUUGGGCCCAUGUUCUUCCCAAACAAUGCACAGGACAGUAUAUAGUUAAUUUCAACAGGUGAAAUGUUUCCAAUGACUUGGCAAGAUUCCACCAAAGGUGGGUGAAGAGGACUUGUAUGUAACAGAACUACAGUAUAUUGAUUGAAUUUCAUAAAUGGGAGUGAGUUUAUCAUCUGGGAUAAGCAACUUAUUGUAUUCAUACUAGUUAGCAUUUCCCAUAUUUCAAUAUUUUCUAAAUUAAAUCUGACACCUGUGACAAGCCAGAAAAUGUUCUGUCAUGGAAACCUGUGUCAUCUUGGUAAACAGCUGAUGAUGAGGAUAUUUGCAAGGUAUGUGGGAAGCAAAGAAACCAACAUGGAAAGGUUUUAAAUUAUUCAAUCUGGUGACUGAAUCCUGUAUGGUAAACAACCAUUGCAUCUGAGGAACAAGCUCAGCAAUUGUCAAGGUAAAUACUAUAUAUUAGGUGGAAAUGCACUAGAAAUUUAAUACAGGUUGAGUAUCCCAUAUCCAAAUAUUCCGAAAUACGGAAUAUUCCGAAAUACGGACUUUUUUGAAUGAGCGUGAGAUAGUGAAACCUUUGUUUUCUGAUGGCUCAAUGUACACAAACUUUGUUUAAUACACAAAGGUAUUAAUAAUAUUGUAUUAAAUGACCUUCAGGCUGUGUAUAUAAGGUGUAUAUGAAACAUAAAUGAAUUGUGUGAAUAUACACACACUUUGUUUAAUGCACAAAGUUAUAAAAAAUAUUGGCUAAAAUGACCUCAGGCUGUCUGUAUAAGGUGUAUAUGUAACAUAAAUGCAUUAUGUGCUUAGAUUUAGGUCUCAUCACCAUGAUAUCUCAUUAUGGUAUCUAAUUAUUCCAAAAUACGGAAAAAUCCGAUAUCCAAAAUACCUCCGGUCCCAAGCAUUUUGGAUAAGGGAUACUCAACCUGUAUAAUUAAAUAGAAUAAUACAAUCCAUAUUCCCUCCCACAUGUACACGCACACACUCAUGUUAGGGUUUUUUUUUUUGGUGGGGGGGGGAAACCAAAUAACCUACCAGUAUAUUCUUGGUUUGUGGGAGGAAUCCGGAGUACCCGGAGGAAAACCAUGCAAGUACAGGGAGAAUAUACAAACUCCACACAAGCCCAUGUUGGGAAUGGAAGUUAUCAUUGGUAACAAAUUCUACAUUAUACAUCAAAAUAGACCAAUUCACUUUAUGAAUUUAUUUUUUCACACCUGUAGAGUAUUGUCUGUGUUUUGUACUGUGUUUUAUAGUCGUGCUCUUCAAUUUUCUUCAGGUGUUUUUUGUUUUUUAAAUUCUACAGGAAGUUUCCAGGCAAGGGCUCCAGAGAAGGCAAGUUGACCAAUGACUGGAUAUGGACAAGGAUAUCCUGAGAGAAACAUAUCAGCCAAUGCCUGCUCUAUCUCAGCUGCUGACUGCAUUUGCUAUUUGCUGGAGUAUAUCCCAUCCAGUUAUUUCACCAUAAGGAAUAUGGCCCAUAAUGAUUUCAGAACAUCCAAGUUGUGGACAACAGACCCAAAUGGAAGCUAUCAUUGGAAAUUUCCAGGCGAGGGAUCCAGAGAAGGCAAGUUGUCGACACCCAAACAAUCAUUGGUCAAGGAUAUCCUGAGAAUGAGGAACAUAUCAGCCAAAUGAAAACCACAGCAACUAAUAUAAAACAUGACAAAAGAGGCAUUUUCUUUAAAUUAUUAAUUUUCUUCUAACAUUAAGCACUUGUGUUUUCUACUUUCUGAUAGGGCAACUUCUGUUAUUACUGGUGGCCACAGAAGACCUGAUCUGAGGAAGAACUUCUAUUUAAUUAUGAUAUUAAGUUAUCUUUUGGAGGGAUAUGAGCAGACUUGGCAUGGCUGAAUGCUUUGGAGUCAAAUCUCUGCAGUAAAAUUUAUGGCAGGAGAUGCAGUGCCUCACCUUGCAAUCUUUUCUGCACCGUUCCGAUCAAAACUUGCAAUUUCCAGGGUAGUUAUAUGGCAUCACAAAGGAUCCACAGUGUCUGUUAAAGGUACAUAUCCAAAUGAGCAAAAUAAGAAAAUGUGCUAGUAACAUUUUACUAGAGUUUUACUAGACAUUGCUGGAACUUUUUUCAGCAAAAUAUUUUCUGUAAGGUCUUAUUAUCCCAACCUAGAAAAUCAGUGUGAACGGUGUUUUUUUGUUCAGUAUGUAAGAUAGGUCAGACUCCUGUGUGUCUGCCUCUUUUGAAUAUUUAAGAUAAGACUGGGCCCAUCUGUACCUUGAUGCUAAUUGUAGUAGUGUUUUUCAAUCACUUAUACAGUAAAACACCUUUACUUCUGGUGGCAAAAAUUAGACACUUUAAAAUGUAAAGUUUUUUUGACAUCUAUGCUUUAAGUUCUACCCUUGACUAUCUGCUUUUUCUUCAAUAGAACAAAUUCCAGAUUCAAUUUUAUUUGUAAAUUAGCUCUGUGUAACCCAAUCAGUCUGCUCUUAACUGUGACUGAGUUGACACCUUUCAGCCAAUUACCCUACCAAUACAUUGUUUGUGUGGAGACAGCAGUUGACAAAAUUGUUUAUGGUUUUUCUUGUAUAUACAAUCCAACAUAAAUGUGUAGCAAAGCAGAUAGACAUUAUAGGAAGAGAACUCUACAAGACAUAUGUAUUUGGAUUAAUUGUUAUAUUACAGUUUCUACUGUCAUUUCCUUACAAUAAAACUUUUUUUUUUUUUUAUAUUUAUUCAACUAAUGAGUGAGACCUAGUUUGUUCAACUUUCUAUACUUAAUGUUUGGACACUUUCUGACCAUGUUUUCUGUAGAAGGAUUUUGUUCCUGAAGAGAUUUAAAAUCGCAGGUGCUCUUGCAAUCCAAUAUCAUGUCUGAGUGUAUACAUUCAAUAUCCUAGCAGUCAGGAUCCCAGUGCAUGAGAUACUUGCACCAAAAUAACAACACUUCGGAUUGCUGUUUAUUGAAGUGUUUCAGGCAUAACAUGGAUAUACAGUGCAGUAUAAUGCAAUCGGGGAUUAUAUUGCUGUUUUAUAUUAGUGUAUGGUUUGGCUGACUGAUCUCCUGACUGCCGGUUAGCUUGGACAUCAGGAUACUGGCAGGGAGGGGCGAGUGCAGCAAGCCCUUUGCGGGCUUGCUGCAGGGCCGGCUCUACCAUUAGGCAGCUUUAGGCGGCUGCCUAGGGGUGCCAGCUCCUGGGGGGCGCCACUGAAUUCAUCUAGCAAAAAACUGAAGGCUGUCUCUGUAUGCGGCCUCCUCCUUUUACACCGCGUUGGCUGCUGCUGUGGGUCUAAUCAAGUGUAGCUACCACUAUCAGGCUGUACCACAUAGUGUCUCAGUGCUUCCUCUGCGCCGACAUGAGUAACAAGUCAUGUGAAGGCACAUAGGAUGUGGAUGUAACUAUGGCUCCCGAGGGGCACCCCCAUGGCUGCUCCUAAUAGCCCUGAUGCACCUCCUGCAGGGGGCACCGGGUUGAAGCUUUGCCUAGGGUGCAUAGAUACCUUGCAUCGGCCCUGGCUUGCUGCACUCGUCAUGCUGCAGGCUCAGUGGCAACCUGUGGUCGCCACAGGUUCUAGUCUGACUCUAUGGGUUUGUGGAAAUAGUACCUGUUGGUCAGCAUGCCAACCAUCGAGAUAGUGAGGGGGUGGGAUUUUUGGAGAGGUCAUGUGACCGUCGGUCUGCUGACUGCCACUCACCUGAAUUUCUAUGAGGUAUAUAAUGGAUAAUAUACAGUAUAAUUCAUAUCAGGCAUUACAUAGGUGUGUAUUACAGUAUAGAAAGGGGGCCAAUUUAUCAAACGAUCCUUAUGUUUUUUUUUAUUAUUAAAUUUUACCAAGGAUGAUUGCAUAUUGCAAUGCAAUCUGGAUGCUAAUAUAGUACCCAGAUCUCAUUGCAAAUGCAAUCACUGCUAAAUAAGCCCCAAUAAAGACUGAGGAAGAGAAAGUAGUUUUUUUUUUUUUUUUAUCUUUUGGUUCUAGGGGGAUGGGUGCAUUCUUUCAAGCACCUUAUAGCUCUCUGAAAACAUGUACAAGUUUCAUUUUCAUCAUGGGGAACAAGAAAAGAAAACCCAAAUGGACUGUGACAGUGCGGAAGAAUAUGCACACAGCUGGAAUGUAUUCCAAGCAUUCUAUGCGUACACCAUUAAUAAAGGGUUUCAGGAAUUAUUUGGUGAAGACAUUGGAAGUGUGCAACAGCAAACAAGAGGUGGAAAAUGUUGCACGGUAUUUGUAUUUCAUGGACCCACAAAAAGCUUCCAUGGAGUUUGUGGAGAACAUAGAAAAAACUAAUCUCUACUUCACAAAGCUUGGAGAAACAGGUCUCUGUAGCCAAACACAAUUUAAUUAUUUAAAAAGUAUACGGAGAUUUAUACAAUAUCAGACAACAGCCACCAAUCUUGGAGCAACUGAUCCACAGCUAUUUCAAGCCUGCAGACAUUUUCUUAAAGUAAUCAAUGCAAUUCAGAAAAAACUGUGUAAAGGUGUAUCGAGGGAAAAGGUCAUCAAAAAGUACAAAAGAUUGACAAAAGAUCCAUUGCAGCCACUGGAUUGUAAUCAGCUACUAGAUGUUGCAAAACCAGAUUUCCUGAAUUGCAUCUACAGGGCUGAUAUCGGUGAUAAACUGUUGGUCAAAGAUAAGAUCUGUAUUCUGUACUAUCUAGAGGCAUUACUUAUCUUGAAACACCUCCAAAGACCUGGAGUGGUUGCUAAUAUGACUGUUGAGGAAUGGCAUGAACGGGUUCGUCACACCUUCACAUCAGAAUGUAUUUCCGAAAUCCUUGUUAUCAUAGGAGUUAAAAACCAUAAAACUGCUGCAAAUCAAGUGGAGACGUUUGCGCUCACAGAAGAAGAAGAAAUGUGGUUCAAAACUUAUUUUGAUGUGGUACGGCCUUCAUUAGUAAAAGAAGAUAAUCCCCAAGAAGCAUUUUUUAUAUCAACAUCGGGAAAUAAAAUAUAUAAAGUUUCUAACGACCUUCGUCACUUUCAUGUAAAGCAUAGACUGCAAAAUAUUACAAGCCAGAUGGUACGGAGGGCAUGUGAAACUUGGAUUUUAUCUCAGUACUCUGAUGUUCAGAAGAGUCUCUUUGCCAAAUAUCUGGGACAUACCAACUUGACAGCAGAUCGACAUUAUAGGGAAAAGACAUUACAUAACAUAUGUCUUGGCUCAAGACUGGUCACCCAGCUUGGAUAUAAGAGUGAAGGAGUGGACACACAAAAAAGUUCAGGGGAAGAACUUCAAGACCAAUCAUUGUCACAUUGGCAUCACUGUAAAAAAGAAAGGAAAGAUCGACACUAUAAGAAGAGAGUAAAGAAUAUAAUCAGGGCAUUCCCAGCACAGCGCCCAUCAAUUGUCAAGUUAACAAAGUACAUAAAAAAAAAAAAUGGAAAUUUAGUGUAAAUGAGGUAAAACUUCUUGUGGAAACAUGGAAGCCCAGGCCAUUUCAGUGUUGGAAACACUGCAAGGAUUUGAAAAAACAUAUCCGCUUGCAGAAUUGGAAAGGGCUGAAAACUACCACAGAUAAAGAAAGUGGAAGAAAGAAAGUGAAGUCUAAGAGGGCUUUCCUUAAAGGGGAAGCAAUAUGUGACUUCCAUGGAGAACAGAUAAGUGCCAAAAAAGGCAGAAAAAUGCAAAAAAAUAAAAAGAACUGUCAUGACCUCUAUUUUUAUAAGGAUACAGAAGGCAAGUCAUGGUGUAUCAAUCCAUCCUGUACAUGCCACACUCGGACAUAUUCCAAAUUAAUGUGGAAAUCCAGUACAGAAUUUAAUGUGAUCCCAACAUACACAACCAAAUUUGGUAUUCUCCUCCUAGCUGCAGAAAACAUUCCAGCCAAUCAGAAUUUAAAAUAUUAUGUUGAAAAAUAGGUUGGCAAUAAUCAAUGUUAUCUUUUUAUUAUGAUUCUUUUUACUAUUGUUUGUCCUCAAACACUGGACUAAUGACAGGUCAGUUCUGCUGUGUAGCUUGAAUACAUAGAAAGCUUCGAAUAGUUCAGAACAAAUAACCACUCAAUUGUUUGCAAAGUGUAUGUCUUUAUGUAUGUAAAUAAAAUUAUAUAUUCCUUA